CGCGAGGUUAGGGAGCGGUUGGGCAACAUGGCGGCAGCUGUAGUGGCGGCGGGCGCGGCGCUGGCGGAGGCAGAGGGGGCCUUCGGAGACGGGGAGCGGCUGGAUUUCCUCAAGGAGCGGCAUGUGCGGUUCUUCCAGCGCUGCCUUCAGAUUUUGCCGGAGCGCUAUUCGUCCCUGGAGACCAGCAGGUUGACAAUUGCUUUUUUUGCACUCUCUGGUCUGGAUAUGUUGGAUUCUUUAGAUGUGGUGAACAAAGAGGAUAUAGUAGAAUGGAUUUAUUCCCUGCAAGUCCUUCCCACAGAAGACAGAUCAAACAUGCAUCGUUGUGGAUUCCGUGGUUCUUCAUAUCUAGGAAUGCCGUUCAAUCCAUCCAAGGGUCCCGGUGUUUCUCAUCCUUAUGAUAGUGGGCACAUAGCAAUGACUUAUACUGGCCUCUGCUGCUUAGUUAUUCUUGGCGAUGACUUGAGCCGAGUAAAUAAAGAAGCCUGCUUGGCAGGACUCAGAGCUCUCCAGCUGGAAGAUGGGAGUUUUUGUGCAGUCCUUGAAGGAAGUGAAAAUGACAUGAGAUUUAUAUACUGUUCUGCUUGUAUAUGCUACAUGCUCAACAACUGGUCAGGGAUGGAUAUGAAGAAAGCCAUAGACUAUAUUAGAAGAAGCAUGUCCUAUGAUAAUGGGCUUGCCCAAGGAGCUGGACUGGAAUCUCAUGGUGGCUCUACUUUUUGUGGUAUUGCAACACUGUGCCUAAUGGGUAAGCUUGAGGAAGUCUUCUCUGAGAAGGAGCUGGAUAGGAUAAGGAGAUGGUGCAUCAUGCGGCAACAGAAUGGCUAUCACGGCCGACCCAACAAACCUGUAGACACCUGCUACUCAUUUUGGGUUGGGGCAACUCUUAAGCUUCUGAAAAUAUUUCAAUAUACAAACUAUGAAAAGAACAGAAAUUACAUUUUAUCAACCCAAGAUCGCCUCGUUGGUGGAUUUGCUAAAUGGCCGGAUAGUCAUCCAGAUGCUCUUCAUGCCUACUUUGGGGUUUGUGGCCUGUCAUUAAUGGAUGAAUCUGGCAUUCGCAAGGUUCACCCUGCCCUGAAUGUAAGCACAAGAACCUCAGAGCGCCUUCAGCACCUUCAUCAGAUUUGGGCAACCAAGAACUCUAAACAGUGUUCAGAUGAAGUGCACAAUGCCACAUGACUGACUGGGACUCCAGUUGAGCUUGGUAGCAGAAUUGUAGCCCAAGGUUAAAGCCAUGUAUAACCAAUGUGCUCUUUUUUCAGUGCUGGAAUCAUACAAUCAAAUACAUGUUACUGGCAUCAUUUUGACAGCAAAUGGCCUUGAGCCAAUUCUGGAUUGGGCUUAAAAAGAAAUUGCUUGCCCCUAAAGAUGCUGUAACAGACUUGGUUGUGAAGAAUACCUUCAAAGCAAAAUUAAUUAUUUAGUUCUAUUGUAUUAAAGUGCAAUGGUGAAGCAUAAUAACAAAAAGGAUCUUCAAAAUGUAUUUACAUAUUUUCAUACUUAAUUGCUUCAGUUUAGUGACACUUGUUCGACACAUACUUCGUAUAAAAUCUUAUAAAUUAAGUCUUGAUUGCUAAAAGGUGUUCUUUUAAGGUAGAUGACAAUUCUAUAACCUUUAUAAAAUAUUAAAAUUAUUUUAUUCAUUAUAUACUGGA